UUCUAAAUAAGAAACACUGACUAAAGCACAAGUCGAACAAUCUACACUGUGAGAAAAAGGAAUAUGGAGUCCCUCCAGGUGCAAUACGCACUAAUGUAUCCCAUAAUGCUCAUUAUUAGACGCUAAGGUCACUGUAUCUUUUCCCAAGGCCACAAAAAUAUGUUCCCAACAAGCGAGCAGUACAAAUGUCAUCUCCCCAGUGACAGGUUGUUCUUGUGCAAACUCAGUCGAAGGUAAAGUAUUCAUUGUUUCACACUUGUUGUCCUUUCGAGUGACGGCUAACGGGCGUGUUGCCUCACGGGCGGGAGAGGUCAGGUGAAAAUGAUGCGGUAACGUUCAAGGCGUUGCCCCGCCCAUACCACAUUCUAGUCUUGCUUUUGCACCUCAGUUCACAAAGACCCAGCUUAGCCGUCUCAUAACUUCCUGUCACCGUUCAAGCACAGCAGUUCUAACACACUUACAUGCUGUGUUCUCGGGCUCGGUUCCGUGCGGGACUCUUUUAAUUCCUGGAUUCCUUUGGUGCUGUGGACAUGGGAGGCAGGGAGAAGGUCAUGGUGACCAGGGCACUAGGGCCCACCGUGCAAUUUACACGCUGGAACAAUAUCAGGCUCCGUCCUGCACAGAAACCGUUAAGGAUCAGAAACUUAAAGUCAUCCUCGCAAAAGAAGAAAUCCAGAGAUCCCAGCCCCACCGAGAUGAGCGUGGAGCCCUGGGCCAGCCCGCAGGACCAGGCCGCCGCUGAGCACAGCGCACACACGCCGCCGCCCUCGCCUCCCUCCCAGGACCAGGAACAGCAUCCCGACAAACUCUGCUUCGACUCUUUCUGGACCGAGGUGGAGACCAUUCGGCAGGGGGGCGGCCUUGCGGACCUCGACAGCACCCGGAGGGAUUCCAGACAAUCGGAAGAGGGGGAGCAGGAGGAGCAGUGGCUGGCCGACGCCGGUCUGUCCAACCUCAUCAGCGAGGGCAGUGAGGAUGUGGAGAACGCCGUGCUUCUGUCCACGCUGACGCGGACGCAGGCCGAGGCGGUCCAGCGCAGACUGGAUUCCUACACGAUGUCCCUGCGCAAGCGCAACAAACCGGCACCGCGCCACGUACGCGACAUCUUUGCCACGCCCAUCCAUCAGGGUCUGUCCGAGUCUCAGCGUAGUGAAGAACUGGCCCAGAACAGUGUGGCGUCGGUCUCCAAAACCCCCCUCUCAGCUCCCACGGAGGAAUUCUUCUUCACUGACGUGGCUUACUGUGAACAAGCCGUCAUCUUCCUCAAACAGGCCAAACUGCCUCAGAACAACGUCCAGCGAAGGAGGCAGGACAGCACCUUGCCUGUAAGGAUCCAACCCGCUGGCUCUCUCUUGCCCCGGGUGAUCUGCGCCAAGUACCGCCUGGGAGUCACUCGAAUUCAAGACCUGUCUCACGCCGACAUGAAGAAGGUGCGCCAGUUAGCUCUCAUCGACAUGACGGCGCUGUGCGACCUCAUCGGCCUGGAGGUGAAACGGCACAAGACGGCCAAGAGGAAAUUGACAGAGAGCCCGUUGUUCGGCGUGCCGCUGGCCACGCUGCUGGAGAACGACCAAAAAGUGAAGGCGGCGGCGACCACGCCUCUCCUCCUGCAGGAGCUUUUGACAUUCCUGGAGAAGAAGGGAGUCGAUUCUGAGGGCAUCCUGCGGGUUCCAGGAUCUCUGUCCAGAAUCAAGUUGCUGCAGCAGAACUUGGAGGCCAACUUCUACACAGGUCAGAUCAAGUGGGAGGAAGUGAGUCCCAAUGACGCCGCCACGCUGCUCAAGAAAUUCAUCCGAGAGCUCCCCGCUCCUCUGCUCACCACCGAGUACCUCAACACCUUUAGCGCCGUCAGAGACGUCACAGAGCUCAAGCAGAAACUUCAAAUGUUGAACCUGCUCAUUCUGCUGCUGCCUGAACCCAACAGGAACACGCUGAAGGCCCUCCUGGAGUUCCUCAGCAAGGUGGUGUCCCGGGAGAAGAGGAACAGGAUGAACCUGUGGGCCGUGGCAACCAUCAUGGCUCCCAACCUGUUCCUCCACAAGGCCGUGCCCAGCAGGUUGACCGAGGGGACCGAGAAGGGGCAGGUGGAGAAGGCCGCUGACGUCAUGAGGCUCCUCAUCCGCUACCAGGACCUGCUUUGGACGAUUCCAAAUUUUGUCAUGAACCAGGUGCGGAGGCUGAACGAGAGUAGCAACCGACGCUACCAGUUUUACGAUCGCCGCUUCAAGAACUUUCUGAGGAAGAUUCACACCGACAGCAAGGAAAAACCUGAUAAAAAUACCUCAGAGCUACGCCGCGCGGUGAAGAUCCACGUCGGGGAUCAGGUGAGCGGCACUAUGGACUUCCAGAUCAAUGGGGACUCGCGAGCUUCCGACCUGCUGACACAGUUUUACCGCCAGUUCAUCCUCAGCCCUGAAACCGGGAACGGCCAACGGCGAAGGAAUGGCUCUGUGUCCUAUUCGGAGUGCGCCCUGUACGAAGUGGGAGGGAACAUCGGCGAGCACCGCCUGGACCCCGACACACACCUGCUGGAUUUGUACAACAGCAACUCAGGAGGCGAGUGGGUCCUCAAGAUGAAGCCCAACGCAAGCCGAGGCUUGUGAAAGUGUGGCUUCGAGAAGUGGAAAAGACAAGAUGAGUCUGUGGGCAUUUCAUGGUGAGAGCAACAAGGCAGAAGGAUCCAGAUGGAGGACAAAUGAACAAUCUGCCAGGAGCAGUAUCUGCCCCCCCCCCCCCCCCCCCCCAACCCCGCAACCAAAAAACUUCCAUGAUCACCUGCUUUCCCUCCACCUCCAUCUUUCUGCAUCCCUCUACCUCCUCCUCUCUUGGAUGUGACUCAUUACAUCCUGCUGAAGGACCUGCUGCUGCAUUGACAGCGAGAGAGAGCGAGAGAGAGUGGAUCCCUGGGCAGUUUUGGUGCGCCAUCUUUUCUCCCCAGCAAUCAUCGCAGGUCGAGAGCGAGCAGAUGGGCUCGCAGAGCACCUCUGGCGAUACGCAACCCCCCACAUCUCCCUUACCUCCCCCACCCCGUCAUCAGUCUGACACACACCCGCUUUUGUGUGCACUUUAGUUCAAGAAGCAGAUAUUCAUACACACACAAGGGUUCAGUGCCUUGCUCGAGGGAACACUGAAAGUGCCCUGAAGAGAACAGGAAACACUCCAGUGAACAGUCCAAAUGGUCCGUUUUUGCUACACAGGUGGCUCUUUUUCUUACCCCUGUUCAGACUGAGUGAGUGAUUUUAAAAACAAAUAAUAAUAAUUUUUAUCCAUUGCACUAUAUCCCUUAACGCGACAAGAAGACCUUCUUAUUUCAUAGCCUCUUGGAAUCACAGUCUUGAUUCUUAUACUUCCAAAUUAAAAAAAAAAAUUCUUCACUGGAGCCUCAACAUAACCGAAAUACACCCAUUUUUACAGGCCCGUGUAUUUAGGGGUCCCCGACACAACCUCCCAAAACACAUUCAGAAGGGGAACGUUAGAAAAACUUAAAUCUCGUUAAAGGACUCAUAGAAAAGGUCAGACCCAUACCCAAAAUUGAACAGGAGGUCAGCCAUUUUGAGCUGAAAGCAAAUGUCUGAGCUUUUUUUGCCUGCGCCAUCAAGUGUGCUCACAACUUGGUGUGCAGCUUUGCCCAUUUCAAGGAUUCGCCAUGAAAAAAAGAUUGCUGCCUACAUCAAAUUCCUCAAAGGACCUUGCUAAAUUUAUGAACUACUAAUAAGCAAUUACAGUGGUGCCCUGAGAUACGAGUUUAAUUUGUUCGCUCACCGACUCAAAUCAUUUUUCCCCCAUUGAAAUGCCAUUAAACCGUUCAGCCUCCCAGAAGAAAAAUGAAAAAAAGUUUAGUGUGUUAAGGAAAAUAUCACUUUAUAAUAUUGUACUUCAUAAAAACAUAGUGAUGUCAUUAAAUACAACGUACGGACUUAAACAGUAUGUGCAUCCUGAUAUUGUGGCUCCUGGUGUGAGCACCUUGGCCAUCAGGGGGCAGUAUAAUUCUGCCAUGCGGACACAAACGAAAAAGAAUUUCACAACUACUGUGACUCAGUAACUGCAACAAUAUUAGUCAUUUUUCAUGGAGGAUUAAGAAUGUUAUAUUGUCUGUCGACACCAUUUAUGUUCAAAUCCCCGUUCCUCCCGUACAACUCUGCCACAUAGCUUAGAUCCUAGCCUGUCUAUUGCGUUUCCCAUUGUGUUAGCAUAAAGCUAGCAGAUUUAAAGGCAAAGGUAUGGGGGAUGUAAAUCAGUUUUUUUUUUAUCGUGACAAUGAUCUUCAGAUGGGUAUGGCAAUUAACAGCUUGAAGCUUUGUUUCCAUACUUUGUUGUCAGUCUGCCAAACUGCUGCUUGUGAAGUUGAGUUAAAUUGCACAGCACUUGUCUCAAAUUUUAGUCAAAGCAAAAAAAUCCAAUGGCCGAAAAGCAGCAUCUACCUCGAAAAACUCGUAAGUCGGGUCACUCGUAGUUCAUUGCGCCACUGUAUUUCAUUCGUUAUAUAUCAUGAGCAAUUGUGCUCGAAGGCCAGAGCAUGCGGCCCUCUUGGAAUUAUUAUUGUUUGGGCAAACGCGUUUGGAGGGCUUUCCCAAAACCUAAAACACUAUUCAUCCCGGUCAAAAUUCUCUCAGUUGCACCCUGCCGAAAUUCUGUUUAAAUUCGUCUCCUGAAGCCAGUCAGUUUGACUGAGCAACGUGACAUUUGGCAGGCGUGUCUGUCAUGAGUAGACACUCAAAAAAAACACUGGAAGUCAGGCAUUUUAGUUUGAAGUAACCAUUUUAGAGUCACCUUGGCCAUGUCCAGGGGUUCUUCAAAGGCAAAUUUGCGCAAGAGUCUUUGUCGGAUUGCUACUAACUUUAACCCAUGUAUACUGGACUGAUGGGCGACGCCUGAAUCAAAAGAAGUUUUUGUUAUUGUAUGGAAGCGCAGCAUGGCAGCCAAGUUUGACUGGCUAAAAAAAAAAAAAAAAAACUCAUGGGUCAACUCAACAGGCCCACAAACCGUGUGUGUGUGUGAGAGAGAGAGAGAGAGAGAGAGAGAGAGAGAGAGAUAUGAUGAUGAUGAUGAUGAUGGUCCAGCCCUGAAGACAUUCCCAGUACGCAGUCCUCCAUCUGGUGCACUUCCCAAAUUUGCAGGCGGGAUCACAUGCUCUCGUGGGCCAUAUGUUGCUGACAACCUGCAGAAAAUGACUACAAGUGUAUCUUCUCCUCUUUGGACUUUUGGGGGUAUUUUCAGGGUCCUAUCUUCCUUCCAUGACGUGAUCAUUUGUGGUAGGAAAGGGACCUCAGUGAAAACAAAUUGGCUUCAUGCCCACCCCCCAUAUUGACAGUCUAGAGCAUUUCUCCUCCUUUUGACCUCCCUUUUAUUCCAGUGUGUGCCCUUGAAAAGCAGACCCUGAUGCAUAUCUUCUUAUCAGAGACCACCUGCGGUCUCAUGGGCCUUAUAAAGAACAUCGAUGGAUUUCCUCAACCUGUGCAUUGACGGACAUCUUGGAGUCAAACGGUGUCACCUCCUGAAGGACACACGGUGAAGCUGGUCUUCAUUUUUUGAACAGUGCGAGGGUGGGGUGGGGGGUAUUAUGGGAUGUUUAUUUAUAUGAAUGUGAAGGCGUUGUCGCUUGUGUAUUAUUGAUGCUAGCCAUUGUUCAUUUACUUCACUUUUCCAUGUACAUAGUUGUCACGCGCUCACUUCAUUUCGCAUUUGGGUGCGCGUCGCCGCCAUGUUGAUGUGGCGCAGCCAUUUUGUGGCUCAUCCAUCAUCGCUCGGCUCGCCAUCUCGCCGUCAUCUGGGCCGUAAUGGCUGCCGGGCGCAUGCAUCACAGGCGCCGCAUCUCUCCGAUAAAGGGAGAAGCUAAUAAAUGGCUGUUGUAAAUUCAGGACUCCAUGACAGCAGUGUGCGUGCGCGUGCGUGCGUGUGUGUGUACGUGUACACGUGUGAUGGGCUUCAUCACAGGACCACAGUUGAGCGAGCGCGUACAAAAGCGAGCUGAUGGAGCGGCCUUCUGCUGGCAAUCAGGAGAAGUAGGUCACCUCUGAGGCGGUGUCCCACAGGGCCCCGCACCCGCGCAUCUUACGUCACGCGCUCCAGUUGACGCUGCAUGGGUUCCUACGCGACACUGGUGUGGAUACAGGGAGUCCUCAGCUUACGGCGUUACCCGAUGAAUGUGUACAGUGAACCGUCACACCCAUAGGAACCGAUUUAUGAUCUCCGUCAUAAAUCGAGGACUCCAUGUUGUGUGUUUGUCAAUAUACUAUGUACGUAUGUGUGCGCGCGCACCAAUUUAACAAGUUUGCGAAUGUAUAUUUAUGUCCCAUUGUUUUGAAUACAAAAAAAAAAAACUGCCAUUAGUUCCUUUUUUUC